AUCAGAGUGAACAACUCUCCCAUUGUAACAAUAGAGAUAAAUCAUUCAUGGCAGUCAUUGCACGAUCUCUAUAUGCUUCAUCAACGGGACAAAGUGCUGAUAGCGUUGAAUCGCAUCCUAUAGUACCUGGCUUGUUUGCACUGGGUACUUAUCAAGUUGACCAGCAUGAGAUCGAAGAGGCUGAUGGAAUACAAAAUGAAGAUGAUGGGGAGGAAAAAGUCAAUGCUCCACCAUUUUCGCGAAAGGGGACACUAAGAUUGAUGCAAGCGAAAGCGAAUGAAAGUGGAAUGAUUGAUGUUGACACACUUUGUACACUAGAUACAGCGGCUAUCCUGGAUAUGAAAUGGAUGAGCGGUUCAAAAGAUCGAUUAGGAGUAGUAUUAGCAAAUUCUACAUUGUCACUGUAUACAUACGAUACCACGCACGACACCAAAGGCCGACUAUGUGAUCCUGCUCACAUUCAAGUCAACUCAAACAACUCUUUAUGUCUUUCAUUAGAUUGGUCAGAUCGCAAUCAGCCAGCUUCUUCACCAUCAGACACCAAAGCGAUCAUCAGUCAAAGUGAUGGUACACUAGCGCAUAUAUACGACCUAGAAGCAGCAUCAUCAUCGUCAUCUCGGGGAGAAGGAUCAACAGGUAUUGAAACCUGGAAAGCACAUGAUUACGAAGCUUGGAUUGCCGCUUUUGAUUCUUGGUCGCCUAAUGGACAAAUCGUCUGGAGUGGAGGUGAUGAUCUUACACUAAAAGGUUGGGAUUUACGCCUGCCUUCGAGCAGCGACCAAGACUGUUCUUCUUCCGAUGAUGGAAGAGGCGUGACUACGAUACAAAAUCAUCAUCUUGUACAACAUCUUUGGGCGGUUGGAAGUUAUGAUGAAUAUGUUCGAUUGUGGGAUGCUCGACAGCCUAACAAACCACUUUCACAUACACAUGUAGGAGGAGGUAUUUGGCGAUUGAAAUGGCAUCCUACAAAACGUAACUCUUUACUCGUCGGUUGCAUGCAUGAUGGCUUCAAAGUCUUAUCUUUGGAUGGAAUAUCGUUGGAAACCUCACCUGAGAAAGUCUUUGAUAUUGCAAAACAAGAAAUGACGAUUCAAACACGAUUUGACGAACACAAAAGCUUGGCGUACGGAUGUGAUUGGGAUCGUGGAAGAACAAUAUCCGCUUCAACAAUCGAUCACAUCUACAGUUGCUCAUUUUACGAUGCAAUGUUGCAUGCAUGGUCACACGAAUGA